CGUCUAGUUCCGUCUAGCGGUUAGCAGAGGCUGUAGUCUAGUCUGCCUCUGUAGGAAGGAGGAGGACAGCUGGCUGCCUUUUAUUCCCAAACUUACAGCACAGAGAGGUGAAGGCUGCAGAGACCAUGGAGUCCACAAGGAGGCGCCCUCAGCACCAUGCCAAUGGAAAAGGGUCUGAUGCUGUGGAGAAGUCAGCACAGUGGGGAAGAGCAUGGGAGGUGGACUGGUUUUCUCUGAUCGGUGUCGUCGGCCUCCUUUGCUUCGCUCCCUUCAUCGUCUUUUACUUUGUGAUGGCCUGCGAUCAGUACGAGUGCUCCAUCAGCCAACCUCUGUUAGAUCUGUGCCAAGGAAAGGCAACCUUGCUGUCCAUCUGGGCCCGGGCCCCCUCCUUCACAUGGACUGCUGCUAAGAUAUAUGCCAUCUGGGUGAGCUUUCAGGUGUUCCUCUACAUGUGUAUUCCUGACUUCACCCAUAAGUUUAUUCCGGGCUACGUGGGGGGAGUGCAGGAUGGGGCUCGUACCCCUGCUGGUUUUAUUAACAAGUAUGAGAUCAACGGGCUGCAGUGUUGGAUCAUCACCCAUGCUCUGUGGUUUGCAAAUGCCAAUUAUUUCCACUGGUUUUCUCCUACCAUUAUAUUUGACAACUGGAUCCCCCUGUUAUGGUGUACCAAUAUACUGGGCUAUGCUGUGUCCACCUUUGCCUUUGUAAAGGCCUACCUGUUCCCCACCAAUGCUGAGGACUGCAAGUUUACAGGGAACAUAUUUUAUAACUACAUGAUGGGGAUAGAGUUCAACCCUCGCAUCGGCAAGUGGUUCGACUUCAAGCUGUUCUUCAAUGGCAGACCUGGCAUCGUCGCCUGGACCCUGAUUAAUCUGUCUUACAUGGCCAAGCAGCAAGAGCUGUACGGCCACGUCACCAACUCCAUGAUUCUGGUCAACGUGCUGCAGGGCAUUUAUGUGCUGGAUUUCUUCUGGAAUGAGGCGUGGUACCUGAAGACCAUUGAUAUCUGCCAUGACCACUUUGGGUGGUAUCUAGGCUGGGGGGACUGUGUGUGGCUGCCGUACCUCUACACCCUGCAGGGCCUGUACCUGGUGUACCAUCCGGUCCAGCUAUCAGACACUCACGCCGUCGCCGUACUGUUGCUCGGUCUCGUUGGGUAUUACAUUUUCCGCUCCACCAACCAUCAGAAAGAUCUGUUCCGCCGCACAGAGGGCGCCUGCUCCAUCUGGGGGCGUAAGCCCACCUACAUCGAGUGUUCGUACCUGUCCGCCGACGGCCGCAGCCACCGCAGCAAGCUUCUGACCUCGGGGUUCUGGGGAGUGGCGCGUCACUUCAACUACACUGGCGACCUGAUGGGUUCCUUGGCUUACUGUGCCGCCUGUGGCCUUGGCCACAUUCUUCCAUACUUCUACAUUGUUUACAUGACCAUCCUGCUGGUCCACCGCUGUGUGCGAGACGAACACCGCUGCAGCAGCAAGUAUGGGAAAGACUGGAGACGUUACACCGACACAGUGCCUUACAGGCUGAUUCCUGGACUGUUUUAAAGGGAGGCAGAGGAGGAGCUGGGAAAUCUGGUGAAAUGAUGAAUGCUUGGUUAAACAAGAUAAGGUUGGCUCCUCCCACUGAACAUUCUCCUCUGAAUUUCAGACUCUGCACUGCAAACUCAUCCCUGUAACCCUCUGCCAAAUGAAUACAGUUUGAUAGUUUUUGGUUUCCAUGAAGCAACAAUGUGCCAACUUGCAGGACAUUUGAUAAAAAUAUGUAUUUUUUCAAAAAAGCCUCAGCAAACAUCAGACACAAAGUUACUUGUUUAAAACACUGAACGCCAUGUGCUGUAAAGUGAGGGGCACGGCCCCUGGGGAGAAAAGGAGCCAUUAUGAUUCCUGUUUACUCAUUUGUAUUUGUGAGCAAUCAGAGCUCCGUCUCAUAGAUUAAACUCAGAGCUUCAGUUUGUAGCUGUGGUAACAAAACAAUCUAACUAUGAAGAUUGUUCUUUGAACUUUUAGAAAGUAAACUUGCCAGCUUUUGACAAGGUGGGGGUGUAAAAUGUUCUUAUAACCAGAGGUGGAGCCAGUAGAAAACAUUUGGGAACCACUGAGGUACAGAACAUCUGGGAUGAAAGGAUGUAUCUCUCAAUUUAUCAACCAUUUCUUUUAAAACAUACCGAAUUCAAAUUUGUGUGGUGGUGCUGAUCUUUUGUUUUUUACUUCAUGAAAAAUAUACGUAUGCUUGUUUGUAAUAAUUAUAAUGGACUCCAGCUAUAGUGGGCUUUUACUGCUUAUUUUAUCUAAUAGUCCCAUCAAAGUUUGGAGAGUGACAGUUUUCUCAACCAAAUAUCUUCUACCUUUACUGUACUCAAUGCCACUGUUUGAUCUAACUUAAUUGUCCUCCUGCAGUCUGGAAACGUUAUUGUUGAGUCUUAUUGAUGACAAUCCUCCACAUUAUGUAAGUCAUAACAGUUACUGAGUUCAUGAUAACUCAAUCGAAAUUCAUCCACAUUCCAGCUCCGAGGAAAUGUUUUUUCUUUCAAACAAAGUUUGUUUCCUGUAUUUUACAAUUUCUCAAACUGACAUUGCAACCAUCCAGCAAUAAACUAAAAACAGAACUUUUAAA